GGCUGCGCGGGCAGCGCGGCGGGAGGAGCGCGCGCCGAGGGCUGGGUGCGGGCGGAAGUCGGCGUCUGAGGAAAGGAGAAAGGAAAGGGAGACGCGGCUGGGUGCGGCGCGGCGCGGCGCGGCUGCGAGACCAGCAGGAGGGCGCCGCCCCCUCCCCCGCCCUCUCCGCUGAGGAUGGAAGUGACGAAAGCAGCCGAGGAGGUCACUUCCUGCUGGGGUGGAUGAGGAGGAGCCGGAGACGCCGCGGAGGAGACCGGACCGAAGACGGACCGUGCGGGGGAGAGCAGGAGGGUGAAAAUGAAAGCAGGCUGUAGCAUCGUGGAAAAGCCAGAAGGAGGUGGAGGGUAUCAGUUUCCUGAUUGGGCCUAUAAAACAGAGUCGUCCCCGGGUUCCCGGCAGAUCCAGCUAUGGCACUUCAUCCUGGAGCUCCUGCAGAAGGAGGAGUUCCGCCAUGUCAUCGCCUGGCAGCAGGGAGAGUACGGGGAGUUUGUCAUCAAGGAUCCAGACGAGGUGGCCCGCCUCUGGGGCCGCAGGAAGUGCAAACCACAGAUGAAUUAUGACAAGCUGAGCCGGGCCCUGAGAUACUAUUACAACAAGAGGAUCCUUCAUAAAACAAAAGGGAAAAGGUUUACUUAUAAAUUUAACUUCAACAAGCUGGUGAUGCCCAACUACCCAUUCAUCAACAUACGGUCAAGUGGUGUGGUUCCCCAGAGUGCGCCACCAGUGCCAACAGCCUCUUCCCGCUUCCAUUUCCCACCUCUGGACACCCAUUCUCCAACUAGUGAUGUGCAGCCAGGGCGGUUCUCUGCUAGCUCCCUAACUGCUUCUGGCCAGGAGUCAAGCACUGGCACUGAUAGAAAGGUGGAGCUUUCGGAGCUGGAGGAUGGCUCAGCCGCUGACUGGCGCCGGGGUGUGGAUCUCAUGUCCUCCCGAAAUGCUGUCGGCGGAGGGAUUGGCCAUCAGAAGCGCAAACCUGACAUCAUGCUUCCCCUGUUCUCUAGGCCAGGGAUGUACCCUGACCCCCAUAGUCCCUUCGCCAUCUCUCCCAUCCCCGGCCGUGGAGGCAUCCUGAAUGUCCCCAUUUCACCAGCCCUCUCCCUGACUCCCACCAUCUUCUCCUAUAGCCCGUCGCCAGGCCUGAGCCCCUUCACCAGCAGCAGUUGCUUCUCCUUCAACCCUGAGGAAAUGAAACACUACCUUCAUUCUCAAGCCUGUUCUGUGUUCAACUACCAUCUGAGUCCGCGGACAUUUCCUCGUUACCCAGGGCUCAUGGUUCCACCGCUGCAGUGCCAGAUGCAUCCUGAAGAGUCAACCCAGUUUUCCAUCAAGCUGCAGCCCCCACCUGUCGGGCGGAAGAACCGGGAGAGGGUGGAGAGCAGCGAGGAGGCAGCGCCUGUCACUGUUCCCACGCUGGCUCCUGUCCCCCCGAGAAUUAAGGUGGAACCAGCCUCUGAGAAGGAUCCUGAGAGUCUCAGGCAGUCGGCACGAGAAAAGGAGGAGCGCUCUCAAGAAGAGGGCAGUGUGCCAAGCAGGACCACAGAAGAGGAAAAAGGCACCAUCUUUGCCCGCCCGGCCGCACCGCCUGUCUGGCCCUCUGUACCCGUUAGCACCCCAAGUGAAGAACCCCUAGAAGUGACUGAAGACAGUGAGGACAGGCCUGGCAAAGAGCCCGGUGCACCUGAGAAGAAAGAAGAUGCCCUGAUGCCCCCCAAGCUUCGGUUGAAGCGGCGCUGGAAUGAUGACCCUGAAGCCCGGGAGCUGAGUAAGAAUGGCAAGUUCCUCUGGAAUGGGUCAGGACCCCGGGGCUUGGCAACGGCUGCUGCUGACGCUUAGAACUGGAAGUUGAUUGGGAGCUGUUUAUACUAUAAUCAAACACAUACAUGUAUUUAUGUAGCAAGAUUUCAGGGUGGGGGGUGGGGAGGGAAUUAGGCUGGUUUGAUCCUUCUAGGGGCAUAGACUUGUAUUUUUAUGUUUGGGGGAUAGGCUGGGGGUAUCUUCUGUUGUAAAUUAG